GCAGCGCGGGUGCCCGCACGGCGCAGCGCAGCGCAGCGCAGCGCAGCGCGGGCCAUGCUGUAGGCACCGAUGCUCUCGCAGUGAUAGCGCGAGCCGCACACGAGCCGCGCGCCGCUACGCCGAGCCACGCGGAGCUCCUGCGAGGAGGAGAAAGCCUGCCUUCAAAAUGCCACGCUCCUUCCUGGUCAAGAAACAUUUCAAUUCCUCCAAGAAGCCCAACUACAGCGAGCUGGACACUCACACAGUGAUUAUAUCUCCCUACCUGUAUGAAAGCUAUCCAGUCCCUAUCAUACCACAGCCAGAGAUCCUGAGCUCAGUAGCUUACAACCCCAUUACUGUGUGGACUACAACCGGGCUGCUACCAUCUCCAUUACCCAGUGACCUCUCUCCGCUCUCUGGAUACCCCUCAUCUUUGGGAAGAGUCAGCCCACCUCCACCUUCCGACACCUCCUCCAAAGAUCACAGUGGUUCAGAAAGCCCCAUUAGCGAUGAAGAAGAGAGAAUCCAGUCCAAGCUUUCAGAUCCCCAUGCCAUCGAGGCUGAGAAGUUUCAGUGCAGUUUAUGCAACAAGACCUAUUCAACUUUCUCUGGGUUGGCCAAACAUAAGCAGCUGCACUGUGAUGCCCARUCUAGGAAAUCAUUCAGUUGCAAGUACUGUGACAAGGAGUAUGUCAGCCUGGGAGCACUUAAGAUGCACAUCAGGACCCACACACUACCUUGUGUCUGCAAGAUCUGUGGCAAGGCUUUCUCUAGACCCUGGCUGCUCCAAGGACACAUCAGAACUCACACUGGGGAGAAGCCGUUUUCCUGUCCUCACUGCAACAGGGCUUUUGCAGACAGAUCCAAUCUGAGGGCUCAUCUGCAGACCCACUCGGAUGUGAAGAAAUACCAGUGCAAAAAUUGCUCCAAAACUUUCUCCAGAAUGUCUCUUCUGCACAAACAUGAGGAAUCUGGCUGCUGUGUAGCACACUGAGUCAUGCAGUCAAUGUUUACCUGGACUCAUGCAUUUCUCCACUCUUGUUCGAAAUGAUAAGUGGAAAUCCAGAGGCAUUUUCUCUUCUACUUUUCAACCAAAAAACAAACAAACAAAAUAGUGGAAGAAUUUAGAAUGUCAGUAGAAAUGAGCUUAAGUAUUUCUGUUCAGUCACUUAAUUGUGGAUUUUGAAAUAUGGGUAAAGACACCAUGCAUGACAUUUCAAGUAGCUGUAAAGGACAAAAUAUUAUCAACUGUCUUUAUAGAUGAAGCCAAAUGCAUGUAGUCUCUUCUUGCUAAGAAAAGGCUGCAAAGCUAACAAUACAUUCCUGCCAAGCCAUUUCAACCAAAGAAACAGUAUUUUAAAUCGAACUUUUAAUAAAAAUACUACCCAAGUGAAUUUUGCUAGACACCAUUUAUCUCAGGUGCCUUAAAAAGUAUUCCAAGUUUACCUUAGUAAAUGUUUAAUAUUAUUCAUUGCUGUGUUUUUUAUUUUAUUCUGUUAAAAGUCGAGGCCUUCAUUAAUGAUCUGAAAUGCUUUAAAACUGCAUAAUUUAGAGAGGAAAAAGAAAAUAUGUAAGAGAAUGUAUGAAAAAUUGACAGCCACAAAUUAACCGCAUGUGCCUUUUUUUAUAAAAAAAGAAAACACAAAAAGAAAGAAAGAAAGAAAAAAAGACUAUAGCUUCAGACAUUCCUGGUGCAUGCGUGACCAUCUUUUAAUAUGGAAUAAAUCCUCUAAACUUUAAUCUUUUUUUUUAAAAAACGGGAAUAAGUGCAAGAGAGGGGAUUCAUGGGAGUUUGACAAUUAUUUUUUUAAUGCACAAAGGAAAUGCAAUAUGUUCAGCAUUACCCCUCCAAGUGCCUUUUUUUAUUGAUGAUUUUGUAAAGUAUGUGGACAUAAUGUAAAUAUUUUUAUUUUUAUAUGAUUGAAUGCUUUAUGAAUGAAAGUGAAUUGUUGCCUAUAGCAGCGUCUAUAGAUAACUUGAAGAAAGCGUGAAGUGAAAUUUUUGU